CAUCAAUGGAACUCAGCUUUCGUUUCAUCCCCGUCACUGGCCAAUCUCAACUCCUCCCCGGCCUGCAGCAUCUGCAUACCUUACCUAUCUGCAUCAAGAAGGAACUCUGCGUCCCCCACGGCCUCGGUUACCUUACCUACAUCUCGUCUCCAUCGGCUCUUGGGACCUGCUCUCCACAAUCCCUGACCGACGCGACGCGUCCGCAUGGCGGCAGACACCAGGCGGCGCCGCAUCACUCUGCCGCCGCCGCCCGCCGAGGAACGGCGGCCGUUGCUGAGCCGCUUAUACACGGACCAUGGCGACGACGGUGAUCAAGUCUACAGCUGCAUGACCAACCCGCACAGCCACUUGCCCGUGUACACCAACAUCCACCGCAUACGCCGCGACAUCACGAGCGUAGUCGAGGACUACCUGAGCCUCGAGCAGCUGAGGGAUGUGAGGAUCAACGUCACCGUUGUGAGGCCUCUGGUGGACCAGUUCUACGAGCUUGAAGACAUCUCCAUCAUCUAUUGCCUGCUCGUGAACCGCGCCCAGUUUCUGGUCGAGGAAGCCCACUCAAGUAACCGGCAAAACGUCAACUGGACCCGUGCCACACUCUGCGAGCUCAUCGCGACGCGCAUCCUUCGACGCUUCGGUGAGGAUUAUGAGGGCACCGACGGCCUCCUCCUGCUGGCGCACAUUCUCGUUGCCGGCUUCGAGCCCUUUCAAAACGCCCCCCCACACAUCCGCGAGGAGGCUGAGGCGCAGACGUCAUGGACAUACCAGCGCACGCUCCCCGCGCUCGAGGUGGCCAUCCUGACGGAGAGCAAACACUUUCUAAGCUCGACCACCUGCCAACGAGUUGUGUCAGCCAUCUAUGAGGGCCGCAUUAUCUACACGCCGUCGACGUUUUGGGACAUCAUACCUGACCACUACAAGUUGAAGCCGAUUUCGAUCUACGACCCCCGCGAGUCGCCUCUGUUGAACCAAUAUCGACUCAUCGUACCCCGUACGCGGAGCAUUCUUGAGGCGAUUCAGUUCGCCAUCCUGCUCGCCCUGUACAUCGGGAUCAUGCUCGCCAGGAUUAAGAACCGUUUCACCGUUUUGGAAGCGGCUUUUGCCAUAUACUCUUUCGGAUGGGGCCUCGACCAAUUUGCCACAAUCCUCGCACACGGAUGGGGCGUGUACACGCAAAACUUGUGGUCGUUUCUCGACGUGGCCUUUAUUCUCAUCUACCUCGUUUACUUAUUACUGCGCAUGCACGGACUUCGUGUUGGCGAAAUCGAGCCCGCGGAGCAGGCCUUUGACGUCCUGGCUUUGGCUGCGCCUGUGUUGGUGCCGCGCCUGGCGUUCAGCCUCCUUUCCGACAACCUGGUGUUCCUUGCGCUGAGGUCGAUGAUGGCGGACUUCAUGCUUCUGACAGCGCUUUCUGCGUGGUGCUUCUUUGGGUUCCUGCUGUCCUUGCUGUGGCUGGGUGAAGGGGCGCACCCUCUCGUGACGAUAUCCAAGUGGAUGAUUUACAUCUGGUUUGGUCUGGACGGCACAGGAAUCCAGCGCUCGACAGAGUUCCAUUGGCUUCUGGGACCGAGCCUCAUGGUAGCAUUCGCCUUUCUCGGCAACACGCUCUUCCUCACCAUUCUUGUCUCGAUGCUAUCCAACACCUUCAGCAACAUCUCCAGCAAUGCAACGGCUGAGAUUCAGUUCCGCCGAGCUGUGUUGACUCUGGAAGGUGUCAAGGCCGAUGCCGUCUUUGCCUACCAGCCGCCGUUCAAUCUGCUCGCUGUUUUCUUUCUGCUACCGCUCAAGUUUGUGGUCAGCCCGCGCUGGUUCCAUAAGAUCCACGUCGCCACCGUGCGGCUCGUGAACCUCCCCUUGCUGCUCGUAAUCGCCAUGGCGGAACGGCGCUUCUUCUGGGGAGCAGGCUCCAAGAGCGAGAGCGCCUAUCCUCGUGCGCGAAAAUGGUUCUGGCGCAAGUGGCAGCUGUCAGCUCAUCGGUACCUUCGCGCCGUGUUCCAGGUGCCCCCGCCCGAUGAUGUGCACAACGAUAUUGCAGUGGACGACGACCUCACGCACCACCUCAUCCGGCGACAGUUCACCAGUGAGACGUCGGCGCAGACCCAGGUUCCCCGGAAGCCAUCGCGUAGGGACUCGAUGUUUCCGGGGCUGGCAACGAAGCUGCGAGGUUCCUUUGCUGAGGGCAGCGAGGACUACGAAGGGAUGGCGGGCAGGGUGGCGUCCAUGGAAAAGUCGAUGCGACGCAUGGAGCUUAUGCUCUCCAGACUAGUCCCAGAGGAAGAGGCGGUUCUGGAUGACGAGUCACCUGAUGAGAUGGGUGAGAGCAGCACGCUCAAGGAGGGGGACGGGUUCACAACAGAAUCGUCGUUUCGGGGACAGACAUGACUUGAUGAUCUUGAGCAUGGCGUUGUCUGGUGUGUUUGUCACAUGUGUGUAAGAGUUGGCAUACGAUAUGAAGUAGGAUAUAAGUGGCCGAUUUGCCUCAUGUUUGCUCC